AUGGCAUCACCGGCUGUUGCACCGCCUUCAAAGGUCCAAUUACUGACUUGUUUUAUUGGCAGCAACAUUGUCGCUCUGGGAGGAGGUACGCCUUACCUUUUCAGUUUCUACGCACCAGAGCUGCUGAAACAAUGCAAAAUUCCAAUUACUGAGUCAAGCACUUUAUCUCUUGCGUUGACUAUUGGGUCUAGCGCUUUAGGUUUCAUAGCAGGUGUGGUCAUCGAUAAGAAAUCUCCCCAGCUCUCGUGUGGCAUUGGCGCUGUCUGCACGUUUAUUGCCUAUUGGAUCUUGAGAACAUGCUAUGUACGACAGAUCUCCAACAUUGCACUUCUAUCCGUGGCGAUGAACUUGAUUGGGUUUGGUUCGGUAUCCGGUUACUAUGCAUCGGUGAAGUGUUGCACGACAAACUUCCCACGUCAUCGAGGCACCGCUGCUGCUUUUCCGGUGGCACUUUAUGCCCUUGCAGGGUUGAUGUAUUCCUCUUUGUGUGCUUGGUUGUUUCAAGAUCGGGUGGACGCCGUUUUCACAUUUCUGAUGUACACAUGCCCGGCUAUGAUUUUGAGCGGUUGCUUCACGGUCAGAAUUUAUAAGCCUCAUACUGUAAAAUGGCGAACCUACUCGUCUACCACACAGAAUGGUAGACCGAUACCGAACCUUGCGCAGAAAAACUCACCUGCCACUCCACCAACUACUGAGCCCAUCAAUAUUGAGAACUUCUCAUCCCAUCGCGAUUCCCGUGGCUCAUUCAGCAAUUUCAAGCACGCUAUGAAACGUUCGGCUUCCAGAAUAUCUUCGUCCUCAGAUUUACUACUUUCCUGGGGGUCAGGUCAGAAAAGAUCGGACUCCUCGGUUUGGGCUAAGGAACUUCCGGGCUCGCUCUCGUUUUGGGGGUGGGGAAGAGCUCGACCCUCAGACUCCGAUGUCACGAAUCCCUUACACAGAGCAGUGGAUCCUGGCGCAAGACCUGUGCCCACUGCAGUGACAAAUUCUUCACAAGAUUCGGGUCGCCCCAAGACUUUGCCAGGAACUUCUGUGGAUGUUUCUCACACUGCAACUACACCGAAUGUUACUGCAAGACGCGAUUCUUUUUUGAAUCUUUCACCACGGACGUCGGCCAUUCAAGAAGACUUCGAUUCGACGGCAGUAGAGCCGCAACCCGAAUUGAAGACCAGUUUCAGAGACAGUCACCUUUACCAGACUGUUACACAGCCAAAAUUCAUUGCCUACUACAUCAUAUUGGCGAUUCUUCAAGGCAUUGGUCAAACUUAUAUUUAUUGUGUUGGGUUUGUCGUCGAAGCAUUAGCCCAUUCUCACUCUGACUCAGGCAUAAACACCAAGGCGACACAGUCCCUACAGGUAUCGAUAAUAUCAAUCCUGUCAUUUACGGGUAGGAUUUGUGCUGGUCCCAUAUCGGACCUACUCAUUAAACGCGUGAAAGCGCAGAGGGAUUGGUGUGUUGUUGUUGCCGCUGGACUUCUGAUAUAUGGCUCAAGGCAGAUUCUAGCUGAUAUCGUAUCCGUGAAAGGUAGCGCUGGUUUAGAAAAGGCUGAUUUCAUAGAAAACUUGUCACUCUCAUCGCUCAUAUUUGGAUUUGCAUUUGGCAUCACAUUUGGCACUUUUCCGGCAAUAAUAGCAGAUCACUUUGGAACUGAAGGCUUCAGCACCAUAUGGGGCCUGUUUACUACUGGUGGAAUCGUAAGCGUCAAAUAUUUUUCAGCAAUUUUCGCUAAUGAUCUGUCGCGCAACACCAGCGCCGGUGAUACGGUGUGCGAUAAAGGCUCUCUGUGCUAUGCGCACGCCUUCCGCGUUGAUGAGAAUUUUGCCAUUGGUGUGAGCCUCAUGGUUUUGAUUCUUAUUGGCGUUGGAUACGCAAGGAAGAGACAGACCAAACGGCAUGAGCACACCGGCGUUUUUAUUCUGGACGAUGAAGAUUCACUGGAUGAAUUGCCUUAA